AUGCCGCCACUCGGCCAUCCGUUAAGAGCACGAGCUAUUGGAAUGUAUAAAGAGCUGCACCGACUGGGAAGAGAAUACCCAGAUCCCAACUACAAUUUCUUGGGCAAGCUUCGGGGUAUGUUCGCCAGAAACGCACACUUGACAGACGAAAAGGAGAUCAACGCAAAGUUGGUUUUGGCCGAGUUCGUCAAGAAAGAAACGGAGACGCUGUACAAGCUGAAGAAGUAUCGAACUAUGCGUCGGCGAUACCUCAAAGAUGACUGA